AUGCGUGUAACCACUGGUGUAAUAGGUGUAGAGUAUGGUGCGUGUACGGCGCAGAUGGGUCAGGAACGGUUGCAGCUGAAAGUGGUGAAGUGUGAAGAAAAUGCUACCAUCACCACUCCGGUAGCGCUUGCGAGCGAAGGAUUCGCGUGUGACAAUGGAGCCCCGAAGGAGGAGAAGGAGCAAGAGGAGGAGGAAGAGGAGGAGAAUGUGGAGGAUGGUGAUCAGAUGGACGUAACGUUGCAUCGGCUCGGUGCAGACGAAGGCAUCCUGGUGCCCUCCGCCUCCCUGUUUGAGGACGGCCACUUUGGUAUGGCAUUUACGACGGCGGCCGGUGGGAGUGGGGCGGCACACCACUAUCACCACCAGCCGCCCAGUUCGCUGAACGACGAUCUGGCACUGAUGGUGGGGCGACCAGACGAUCGGGGCUUUUUUCACUGUCCGGCGGAUUCUUGUGAUCGAAAAUACAAAAUCAAAUACUCGCUGCUUCGUCAUCUGCGCAAUGAGUGUAACGCUGACCGGCGUUACUCGUGCCCGAAGUGUAAGAAGAAGUUUUCCUACGCAUUCAUUCUUAACCGGCAUCUGCUAAACGUGCACAAGGAGAGCCCCGAUUGCAUCGACAUGCUGGAACCCAAAGUAGUGAUCAUGGACGAUGGCCUAACACGUUACGUGUGUCCGCAAUGCGGCGUAAAGUACAAAAAGCUGAGCGCUCUGCGCGGACACAUGAAGGAGUGUGGAAAGGGUGCGCAGUGCCCGCUGUGUCCGAAGAUUGUCACGCAAAGGCGCAAUCUGGCCAAGCACAUGGAACGUCAUCGCCGCGAUGGGCUGCUCGAGUUCCAUCACUUUAUUGACAACUUUCCCAGCAACAUAAACUUAAUCAUUUGA